AAAGCAGAAUGCGGAUGUUGCGAGGGAUUUCACCAUGUUUCACCAGGUUUAGCGACACUUAUUAGCGAUGGUGCUGGUGGCAUUCGGCCGAUGUGACCACAGCCUGAGGCUUCUGGCAAGGCGGCAUGGGACGAAGCUCAUACUCCCAGAAAGCUCUUGCACUAGAUUACCCUGUUGGUAGUCGGGUCAUUCUAUUGCUCGGGCUCCAGCCUUGGUCAUGGCGAGUUAGGGUUUGCCUUCCUGUCUCUAUCUCAUGCCCUUGAAACCACCCUUUGAUGCGUGCGCUCUUCUCUUUCAUCAGGACUGUCGUUCGCCUCAGCUAUUCACCGGAAGCAUAGCGGUGCUGUUUGCCUCAUUUUUCCUGAUCAUUUCUUGGGAGAAACAGACCCGCAGGUUGGGAACUCUAGUUUUGUGAACUUUUCUCGGUUUCUCGGACCGGCGCAACAGACUCUUGCAAUGGCGAAGCAUUACGACGACGAUGAUGAAGCCGAGGAGGUCGAUGAGGAAGAAGCUGAGGCGGAGGAAGUAGAGGAGGAAGAGGAGGAAGAUGGAGAAGAUUUGGAGGAGGAAGAGGAGGAGGAAGAGGAAGAGCGAGGUCGGAAGCGGAAAUACAAGGGUUCACAAUUUAUAGAUGAUGUUGCCGAGGAAGAUGAUGAUGAAGAUGAGGAAGACGAAGCACCCAGGAAGCGGCGACAACACCGUCGGGGUUUGGAGUUCAUAGAUGACACUGCAGCUGUGGCUAGUGAUGAAGACGAAGAGGAGGAAGAGGAAGAGGAAGAUUUUAUUGAGCGAGGAGAUGUUUCACCCGGCGCCGAAGAAAUUCGCCGGCCUCACCAUCGCGCAGCUAUCCGUGAUGACGCUCAAGAGGAUGUUGAGGGUCUUGAAAGAUAUAUCCAGCAACGUUAUGGACGGCAGGAGUACGAAAAAUAUGAUGAAGCCGAAACUACGGAGGUGGAGCAACAAGCUUUACUUCCUUCUGUAAAGGAUCCUAAGCUGUGGAUGGUGAAGUGCAACCUAGGACAUGAGCGUGAAGCAGCGAUUUGUCUCAUGCAAAAGUACAUCGAUCAAGAUCAAAUCAAUCAACCACUCUUGAUAAAGUCAGCAAUUGCUUUGGACCACUUGAAAGGGUACCUAUACAUAGAAUCUGAGAAAGAAGCUUAUGUAAGACAGGCUUGCAGAGGAAUGCGGAUGAUAUACAGUCAGAAAGUCACCUUAGUACCUAUCAAAGAAAUGACGGAUGUUGUGUCCGUUGAGAAGAAGUUGGUGGAAAUUGAUCAAGACACUUGGGUUCGGGUUAAGAUUGGUAUCUAUAAAGGUGACCUUGCUAAGGUGGUGGAUGUGGACCACGUGAGACAACGUGCUCAAAUCAAACUCAUUCCAAGAAUUGAUCUUCAAGCCUUAGCGGCAAAGCUUGAAGGACGUGACGACAUGAAAAAAAGGCCAAGACCUGCGCCUCGAUUUAUCAGUAUCCAAGAUGUAAAGGAUUUGAGGAUACCUGUUGAACGCAAGCGUGAUGGUUCUACUGGGGAGCUUUUCGACCAAUUUGGAGGCAUGAUGUUCAAGGAUGGAUAUCUCUACAAAUAUGUCUCUCUGAAAACUAUUGAUGCAAAAGGUGUUGAACCCUCGCUCGACGAACUUCAAAGAUUUCAGAAACCAGGAGAAGAUGGAAUGGAUGCUCUUGGUCUUCCGCCUUCAGCAAUUAAGAAUCGUGGUAAAUUUAUGAAAGGAGAUGCUGUGGUUGUCAUUGAGGGUGACUUGCGUAAUCUCAUGGGAGUGGUGGAGAAAGUUGACGAUGAUAAUGUGUACAUUGUGCCAAAGUACAAGGACUUGAAGGAAACUUUAGUGUUCAAAGAGAAACAGCUCCAGAAGUUUUUCAAAACUGGUGAUCAUGUUAAAGUCAUAGCUGGCAAUCAUGACGGGGCUACGGGCAUGAUUGUAAAAGUUCAAAAUAAUGUCAUCACUCUUCUUUCUGACACUACACGUGAAGAUCUUCGUGUCUUCGCGCACAAUAUUGUGGAAAGUUCCGAAGUAACUUCAGGCAUUACAAAGCUAGGCGAUUAUGAGUUGCAUGAUCUUGUUGCCCUCGAUCAUUCAACUGUUGGACUUAUCGUCCGAGUGGAAAAAGAUGUUUUUCAAAUUCUGAAGGGCAAUCCUGAAAGGAUUGAAUUGUUGAUGGUGAAGCCAAGAGAUAUCCGCAGAAAGGUGUUCGACAGAAAAGUUAAUACUCAAGAUCGUGAUAUGAACGUGAUUAGUCUUAAAGAUGUCGUGCGAGUUCUGGAUGGGCAAUUUAAGGGAAAGCAAGGUCCAGUUGAGCAUAUCCACAGGGGACUCUUAUUUAUACAUGACCGACAUCAUCUGGAAAACGGGGGUUAUGUAUGUAUCAAAGCACGUCAAUGUACAGCUUUAGGUGGAUCUCGAAAUGGAAGUGACAGAAGGAAUGGAGGAUCAGUGUCAAAUUUGAGUUCCUUCGGUCUUAACGGGAAUGUUCUUCAGUCUCCACGAAGAGAUACCCCUUUUGGUGGUCAUGGUUUUCUGGUUAUCAAAAUUGCAGGUGGUGGCGGUGGUCGUGGUGGGGGACAGUUAGGUGGUGGGUAUGGAGGAGGAAGAGGAGGAGGAGGAGGAAGGGGAAGGAGAGAGGACAGUAUAGUCGGACGGUCUGUGAAAAUUCGCUUGGGACCGUUUAAGGGAUAUCGUGGUCGGGUUAAAGACGCUACUGAUUCGACUGUGCGAAUCGAGUUGGAGUCACAAAUGAAAGUUGUUACGGUGAGAAGAGAGCAGUUAUCGGAUCCUGGUGAGUCUCAAACAGGGUUCUACAGCAACCAUCGGGAGUCACCUCGUUAUGGAGCUGGUAGUGAGACUCCAAUGCAUCCUUCCAGAACGCCAAUGCAUCAUCCUGCUUUCAUGACCCCCAUGCGGGAUCCUAACUUUGCUACUCCUAGCCUUGAUGGUAUGAGAACCCCAAUGCGCGACAGGGCGUGGAAUCCCCAUACUCCAAUGACUCCACAUAGGGGCAACAAUUGGGAUGAUGCUAAUCCUAGCACUUGGGAUAUUCACACGUCAACUCCUCAGUAUGAGCCCGGGACUCCUGGUGGAAGGCCAUUUGAGGCACCCACACCAGGGAAUGGUUGGUCAGCACAAACUCCUGGUGCCAGCUUUAGUGAAGCUGGGACUCCUACUGAACCUGUUCAAUCAUAUGCCGCUCCAAGCCCUUAUCUGCCAGGUACACCUGGAGGCCCUCCUAUGACACCAGGUGUUCCAUCAUACCUUCCAGGUACUCCUGGUGGGCAACCUAUGACACCUGGAACUGGAGGGCUGGAUCCUACUUCGCCUGCCAUUGGCUCUGGCGGUGGUUUUGAUUAUGAAGGUGGAUGGGUGAUGCCCGAUAUAGUGGUUACGAUUAGGAAGAUUGGUGAAGAAACUCAAACUGCGGUAAUUCGCGAAGUAUUGCCGGAUGGUUCUUGCCGAGUAGCUUUGGGUCCAACUGGUGAUGGGGAUAUUUUACUCGUCGGCCAAGGAGAUAUGGAUCUCGUUUUGCCUAAAAAGACUGACAAAAUCAAGAUUGUUUCUGGUGAACAUCGUGGAUGCACGGGAAAGUUAAUGGGUAUUGAUGGAGCAGAUGGCAUUGUGAGAUUGGACGAUACACUGGAUGUUAGAAUUUUAGAUAUGAGUAGCCUCAGCAAGAUUUCUACGUAGCCCUUGAUUACUUCUACAUAUACCUCGAAGUCUUGAGAUGGUAUUUGCAGCUGUGGUGUAAAUGGCCGAUUGAAUCAGUUUGUGCCUGUUUUAACAAAAUGCAUAUUAACCGCUGUAAUAACCAGAGGUUUCUUUGUACUUCACUACAAUAUAUGUUGACUAAUAGACACAGUUUUCGAUCUGAAUAUUUCAUGUCAA